AUGGUUAGACUAAACUAUGAAAACUGUCAUAAGAUUUGUCUACAAGAGCUGGAAGCUUACGGGAAAGAAACGAGCGUACAUGGCUUAAAGCGUAUGCUUACCAAUGGAGCUGGGCGUAUGGAACGUGCACUCUGGACAAUCGGCUUCCUAUGCGCACUCUGUCUGCUCAUCUACUUCAGUCAAUAUCUGGCCAAUCGCUACGCACAUAGCAAAUUCAAAACUACCAUUUACUCAACCAACUAUCCAGUAUAUAAGGUACCCUUUCCCGAGGUGACUAUUUGCAAUAAGAAUCGCCUAAACUGGGAUCGCUUAGAGUCUGUUAAGCAGCAAUUUUUGUGGCCUGCACACCACAACACUUCAUUUGAACAGCUGUUCGUGGAGAUUGUUGCCAUGUACGAUACCUUGGCAUUUGGCACAUUCGAUCGUUUCGCCAAUUUGACGGGCAAACCCAUAGCGGACCUCAAUUACAUCAAUUUUACCGAAGUUGCGCGACGUAUGACGUGGCGCUGCGAGGAGCUGUUAACAGACUGUGUUUGGCGUAAUCUUCAUAUGAACUGUUGUGACAUUUUUAUACGUCGUCGCUCGAGUUUAGGUAUCUGCUUGGCGUUCAACUCUGUGGAGGCUGCAAGUGGACAAUUGAAACAAAAAAUGGAUAAAAGGUGGCCGUGGCGUGUGAGUGUAGGUGGAGCAAGGAAUGGUUUGCUGGUGCGUACGCUGUUGAACAAGGCGAAGCAUUCACCAUUUACCAAUACGCCGAAGGGGAUUUUAAUGAUGACAGUGCAGCCAAAGGUAUGGAGCGAUACACCCAUCGACAUACCAUAUAAUGUGCACGCACGUGUCUACCUUGAUGCGCUUAUGAGUUUCUACGACCCAGAAACAAGGCGAGUAUCAUCUAAAACGAGAGAAUGCGUUUUUAAGGACGAGACAGAUAGUCCGGAUUUCAAGACACUCAAGGACCAUGAAUAUAUGUUUGAGAAUUGUCAAGCUGAAUGUCGACAGGAGUAUCUCAUACGUUUUUGUAACUGUACUGUGGAUAUGUUUUUCCCAAUUGGCGCUUAUCGGAUAUGUAAACUGGUCGACUUGCCGUGUUUAGCACGACAUAAUCGUGUGUAG